CUUUCUAAUGCUGGAUUUAUUUUGAUAGGGUCUGAAAGUAGGGGAGGAAGUAUGACUUUAGCUUAGCGCGAAUUUUCUUCAGCGGGGCCCCAAGUUAGUCUGUUGACUGUCAACCUCAACCCGGCAACUCAUUGUGAGUGCAAGAAAUGGCGGGUGGUGGAGAUCUCAUGGACGGUGAUCUGGAAGAUGGCGAGAUCUCGGGGUCCAGCUCGGAAUCAGAGAUGGGAACCGCAGCAGCACAAGCUCGACCCCAGGUUCCUCCAGCUUUCAGCGGCCAACCCUUCCAGAACAGAGCCGCUGCACAGCCCUCUGCAGCCGCCUACCGCAACAUGACGGCGGAUUCCAGCGACAGCGACGCGGCCUCGUCGGACGAGGAGGCUGCUAUUUGGCGCCGGAAGCGCCAGAAGGUGUCCAACGCUCCACAGCCGCCUGCCUGCAUUGCCCGGCCAGGUCCGACCCGCAUGCUCGACCCCGGGGCGAUGGCAGGCCGCAAGGUGAACAAUAUCUGGGGCUCUGUGGUGCAGGAGCAGUGCCAGGAUGCCAUAACUACAGAGCUUGGCAUAUUUGGCAUGGAGGGUGACGUUAACAUGUCCAACAGAAAUGUGGAGACUUAUAACUACGUCCUGGCCCGUAAGAUAAUGGAGAAGGAGAGGGAGCUUGAGAAGCUGUCCAAGGAUGAUGGAGAAGUGAGCAUGCUGGACGCCCAGCUGGAGGAGUACAUGAAGGGCCAGGGGUCAGAGGAGAGGGCAGGAGGUGAUGCAAAGAGGAAGAGGUCAGCUAAAGAGAGACUGGGCCCCCGAGCUGAGAUGGACAUUAAGGGCCGGUAUGAGAUCACAGAGGACGACCCUGAUGACAAGGUGGCGGAUGAGAUAGCACACAGACUGCAAGAGCCUAAAGUAGACCUGAUAGAGCGCGUUGUUAAUGUCAUUGGAAAGAAAAAAGCCAUAGAACUGCUGGGAGAGACCUCCACGCUGGAGGAAAGCGGCGGUGUGUACACCAUGGAUGGCAGCAGGCGACGUACACCCGGUGGAGUGUAUCUCAACCUGCUGAAGAACACACCCAGCAUCACCAAGGCCCAGAUCAGGAAGAUUUUCUUCGACGAACAGCAGAAGGACUGCAAGAACAAGAAGGCCGCCCAGAAGAGGAGGCGGCACGUUGUGGCCAAGAAGAUGAAGCAGGCCAUUGGCACACUGAACCUGCAGGAGCACGACGAUGUUUCCAGGGAGACCUUUGCUAGCGACACCAACGAGGCCUUGGAAUCACUCGAGGAGGCUGCAGAAGAGUUAGAAGAGGGCCAGGAGGAAACUGCUGUUGGUAUAGAGGAGACACCGGUAGUCUACAACUCUGCAGACCUGGAGGUCUUCUGAGGGCUGCCUGCUGUCUGAAUAAGGACUUGUUGGACUAUAAUAGAAAUAAAACAUUGAAAGCACUGUUUAAGUAAUGUCUCUAAUGAAUACAGAAUCACACCUGAGUGUCCUUUUUUCGUUGUUUUGUUUUUUUUACCCUAGCGAUAAAAGAAGAGCUUGUGUUAACAAAAAUAUUGUUUUUGUUUAAGACAGCAUGGGUUUGUAGAUUUUAGCACAUGUGAACACAGUAAGAUGUACUGAAAGUUAGUUUCUGUUGUGAUACAAAUGGUGUUUGCCUUGAAAUCAAAUGCUGAUCGAAUAAAAACCUUGUUUGCAAAA